AACCAAGUGUUUAGCCUUCUAAUUGAGUUUCCAAAACCCUAAAAAUAACUUUGUCAUUGACACCACCACGUCCUUUUGUAUCUGAAGGUCUUUUAACAAAGAUAUUUUGAAAAAUUAUUUUUUAUUAAGGGAAUUAUUUGUUUUGUUUGAUUAAAUGGUCAUAAAAUGCUGACCCACCACUGAUACUUCAUUCUGUCCUGUGCUUUGGAUAGUUUUCUACACGAGUGCCCUUUGACAACACGUGUCAGAUGAAACUAGCCACUGACCACGUGACCUUCAGCAUUAGGUAAACAUAGUUUGCAUGUAACAGAACAGGCACUUCCAUGUAAAAGCAGCAAAUCAAUGAGGCUACCACACGACGACAAAAUCCAUCCCACGAUCUAUUGUCUCAUGAGACUCUGAUUGGCUGAGAGAUGUUGAAGCUCCGCCCACUUAAAACAUCACUGGCCAUUGAUUCAUCAAAGAUGGGUUUAAAAACAUUGACAGACGUCAGCUUGAGGGAAAAUCUUGAUUGGAAUCAGAGAGAGCAGUUCAUGUAUGAAAUCGGACAUGACCGAUUGAUCAUUAAUGAGGAUAAUAAGUAUCGACAGAUGGAGAACUAGUCACUCAGCCAGCAUCUCACAGGACUCUCCAUCACCCUGCUAGUAACUCAAUGCUUGUGUUGCUGUUUGUGCCUCUACAUGUCGAGGAAAAGCAGAACCUGAGCGAGUCUCUUCAGUUAACAGCCGAGUUUCAUUAACGAACCAUGAAUGCUUUCUCCCAUUAUGGUGAAUCACGUGAUUGCAGCACGUCACACUGCAUCAUGACUGUGAAGAUUUAUGUGGUACCUCAGUGUCCAAAUGACCUGCAGGCCUUUACAGCUGCACGGCACGCAACAAAUGUCAUUGAUUACUUUUCCCAGGAUAUAAAGUUAGCAGCGACCUACAUUUUACAAAACACAGUGUCCAGCUUAAUGAAGAACCAUGUCUUUCAGCCAAUUGUUAAGCAGAUGUAUUUUGAUCAUGAGAAAUCAUGAUUUCUCAUUUAAUGUUUUUAUAGCUUUGAGAGAAGUGACUAUUUCAAAUGGUGAGUACUGUUAUUUUCAUUGUAUUUUAUUAGUUUUCAGAUUCAUGUUAAUAGACUCAGUAAGGCAUGUCAGCAUGUUUUUGAGCUGUAAACUGUGUUAAAGCACAGGCCAGAAUUGUACUUAUUUCUUUGUAUGGACCAACUGAGCUCUUUCUCGCUCAUCAGCAGCAGCAGCGAUGUCAAUGUGAGGAUGGGGGACUGGAACUUCUUGGGUGGAAUUCUGGAGGAGGUCCACAUCCACUCCACCAUGGUUGGAAAGAUCUGGCUCACCAUCCUCUUUAUCUUCCGCAUGCUGGUGCUGGGCGUCGCGGCCGAGGACGUGUGGAACGACGAGCAGUCCGACUUCAUCUGUAACACGGAGCAGCCCGGAUGCCACAACGUCUGCUAUGACCGUGCAUUCCCCAUCUCCCUGAUCCGCUAUUGGGUGCUGCAGGUCAUUUUUGUCUCCUCGCCCUCUCUGGUGUACAUGGGUCAUGCUAUAUACCAGCUGCGUGUGCUGGAAAAGGAGCGGCACUACAAGAGAGUGGCUCUUCGGAAAGAGCUGGAGACGAUGGAUGCGGAGUUGGUGGAUCCUCGGCGUCGGGUCGAGCGGGAACUGCGGCAGCUGGAGCAGGGGAAGCUCAACAAGGCUCCGCUCCGGGGCUCGCUGCUGCGAACGUACGUGGCACACAUCGUGACCCGCUCCGUAGUCGAGGUGGGCUUCAUGUUGGGCCAGUACCUGCUGUACGGUCACCACCUGCAGCCUCUGUACAAAUGUGACAGGGAGCCGUGCCCUAACGUGGUCGACUGUUUCGUCUCUCGGCCCACUGAGAAGAGCGUGUUCAUGGUGUUCAUGCAGGGUAUCGCCGCAGUAUCCCUGUUCCUCAGUCUGCUGGAGAUCCUGCAUCUCGGAUAUAAGAAACUGAAGAAGGGAAUCCUGGACUACUAUCCUCACCUGAAAGAUGACCUGGGUGAUUAUUACGGCACCAAGUCCAAGAAGAACUCGGUGGUUCAUCAGGUGUGCGUGAGCCAGGGACGUAAACCCACCAUCUCCGCGGUACCCAGUGGAUUCGCUCCACCCCUGGAGAAACAGGGCAACGGACCCUCGUACCCUGCACUUAUCAAUCCCUUGUCCGCUUUUGUUCCGAUCCAGGGCACGUCGGGUCUGGACAUGCAGAGGGAGAACAAGGGUGUCAUUCUCAGUCCACUGGAGCGCAACAGCAAUUCCAACAACACGAGCAGCGGGACUCGCUCUCCUCCGGUGCACGAGCAGCUCCCCGCUGAGUCUGAGAGCUCAGUCCUCGUGACGGACGCGGCCUCCUGCCCGGCAGUGCUGCGUAAGCAGCGGAGAGUGAGUCCACCCUGGAACUGCAGCACGGUUAUGGAAGGGAACGGAUCGGACAGCGGAGACUCCAGCAGCGGAGCGACCGACCAGGGCAUGAGGACUCGCUGCGGCAGGGCCGUCUCUAGGUCCGACCUGAGGAGAGCCAGCCAAAUGCACACGCCAGACUCUGUGGCCGAGCUGAGCUCCGGUUCACGGCACCACAGUUCUGUAGAAAGUCCCACUUUCUCACCAAGCCGACAACGAACAUCACUGUCCAGCAGCAGCAGCAGCAGCAGCAGACGAGCAGCCGGAGACCUGCAGAUCUAAAGCAUCAGUCAGAUACUUCUGACAGUCAUUAGAAGCCAUUCUCUUUCGUCUCUAUUAACACUAGGUCACAUGACAGAUGUCUGUCUCUCAAGUAAGGUUUUGUUUAAGCUUGCUUUGCUGAAGGGUUAGUUCACCCAAACAAAUGAUCAUUCUGUCAUCAUUUACAUGUCUUAGUGUUGUUUUUUCCCCCAUAAAACGAGCCACGGAACCAGAAAGGGUUUGUUCAUUCUUGAGAAUAAGUCACACAGAUUUGGAAAAUGAUGACAAUAAGCUUUUAUUUUUUGGGUGAACUAGCCCUUUAAAUUCUAGUCUUGAAGCAUUAUUUUCUGCCGGGAUCCUUAUAGUGGGUUUAAUUAUAUUUAACGUUUAUAAUGAGGAAUCACGACUGCAUGUUUUUCUAAAUGUAAAUGUUUGUAGGUGAAACCAUCAAUAAUUGACAGACAGACAUCUUACUGUGAACAGUUGUUAAUAGUACAGAAAGAGGAAUUCAGUUUUGAUGGAACGGCAGACAGGCAGAGUAUUGAAUACAUACUGUGCAUACGUUUGUAUAACCCUUUUCAUUUAUAACCCCUUUGCAGAAUUUAUGCAAAUAAGUGAGAAAAUGUCAUACUGAACAAA